AUGUCGGACACACCAGACUCCUCACUACACAGCCAUCGGAUCGGCGGCGACGGGAGCUGUUUAGACCACUUGAAAGGGGCUGCCGCCCAUCUGCUGGUGUGGGGCGGGCUGCAGUUGGGAGCCCUAAGCCCAGUCCUCUUUUUUUCUUUGUGGCGUCUUCUGGGCUACCAGACUGCUCUGGCCUUCGUGGCUACAGCUCUGCUCACGGUGCUUUACCCGGCACGGCACUCCAAGCAUUUCUGCCGCUUCUACCUCAAGGCAGCCUGCGCAGUGGGCGGUGCCACCGCCUGGGUGCCGGAGGAGAUCAUGCAGCUUCUGCAGGGCCGCGGCUACCUGGUUUGCUUCCACCCACACGGCGUCCUUCCCUUGGGCUUCAGUUUCAAUGCGGCCCUUCGCGUCAAGGCUCAGCAGCCGGAGAUCUACUUGCCGAAGUCUUUUCAUUUCCCCGAGGACUGUGAUGGGGUGCAGGCACCCGUGCUGUGGCGCGUUCCUUUCUUUGCGCCCAUGCUGCGCAUGUGGGACUGUUGUACGCCCGCCACGAAGGAGAACAUGAAGAAGCUCCUUGCAGCCAGGACGGCUUUUGGCAUCAUUCCCGGAGGAAGUGAGGAUGUCGCCAUACAUGAGCAUGGCCAAGAAAACGUGUACAUCAACUCUCGGUAUGGCUUCAUCAAGUACUCCUUGCAGCAUGGAUACUGCCUGGUCAUUGCCUAUACCUUUGGGGAGACCGACCAGUACCACAGCCUCACCUGUCUCAGGCCUCUGAAUCUGUGGCUUGUCAAGACCUUUGGCUUCGUGAUCCCGGUCUUCUGGGGCAAGCCGUUUUGCCCGCUGCUGCCUCGUGGUGGGGGCUUGAAUACGGUGUAUGGCAAGGCACUGCACCUGCCAAGAAUCCCGGACCCAACGUUUGAAGAUCUGGUGCAUUGGCACAAGGUCUACGUCGAGUCUCUGGUGGCGCUUUUUGAUGAAUACAAGCAUCGAUUUGGAUUUGGUGAUCGGGAGCUUCGAUGCUUCUGA